AUGCCCGAGAACAGCGCCCAGAUGCGGGCCCUCGCGAUCCCAGAGAUCGUAACCUCAAUCCUGCACCAAAUGGACAUGCGAACGCUGAUCGCCGCCCAGAGAAUCAGUCGCACAUGGAAAGACUUGAUCUGCACCACGCAGUCCCUGCAGGAAACUCUAUUUCUCCGACCAAUCAGCCAUGAUCUCAACCUCGGCACUCGAAUCGAGAACCCGCUACUGGCAAAAGCAUUCCCAUCGAUUUUCAAUCCCGAAGAAAGUAGUAUUUGCCUGACCGAUCUUAUCUGGGAGAGAUCCCCAGCUAUUCGAGAGAUGUUCAUCCGACCCGAAGCCAGCUGGCGCCGCAUGCUCACGCACCAACCGCCUCUCUAUCAAGUCGGCACAUUUAAAUACAGCUGUACACCUUUUGGCUGGCAUUGGAGCAAGGAAAAGGCGGGUAUUCCGGAGGACGGACUCCGAAUGGCACCGCUGUUUGAAUUCCUGAUUGAUCGAGACUGGAAAGACUGGGCAUACGCGAAGUCGAUCGAAAUGUAUUUCCCGGCUUCUGUGCCCGCUGGGGGUUUUCAGCCGAGUAGAUCUAGUUAUUUGGAUGAACCUGAUCGGGGGAAAAUGAACGGGCAGUUUGAUCUUGUGCUGGAUAUUAACUCGCAGACGACCUGUACGAGCGAGGAGGAUUACGAGGAUUGGAUGGAGACAAGGGAGCAGAAGGCCCGGGAGAAGGAUGAGGUGCUUCCAGAUACUGAUUUAACUGUUUGGAAAAGAAUUUGUGCAUGUUAUCGAGAGUUGGGAUUGAAGAUGGAAGGGUUCAAGAUGGAGAUGUUUGAGGAAGACGGUGGGAUGUGGGACUAG